UAAAGCAGCGUGUGUCAGUGUGUGUGUAAGAGUGUGAGUGCCCUUUGCAGAAGCCAGUUUGUAAUCAGCUGUCGAAGUGGGCUCCGAGUCUUAGCUGUAGCCGAGUGGUAGCACUCUCCUCUAACCCUGGUCCACUCAGCCAGCCACACAGCCCUGUGAUCCACAGCACAGCUGCAGUAAGGUGAUGGAAGGACAGAGGGACACUCGCUAAACCUGAGCUUCACCACUACGCUAACUGGCACAUGCGUGCAAGUUGCAUGCCGGUUGUGCGUAUGGGUUUUUGUGUGUGUAUAUUGUGUUUGUUGCAACAUAUGUGUGCAUAUUUAUUGAUCGAGACCAUUGUGAUACUCUACUAUAAAGAUUUGAGACAGAGAGAGAGAGAUGAUCGAGCUGGGCCUUGCAGAUGGCAGUCUGAUCGAUGAACUGAUGGCGCUGACGGCUCAGAGCCUGAGCCACUUGGAGAUCAAAGAGCACUUCAACAUUAUCAAGGAGAUCGGCCGGGGGAAGUAUGGCAAGGUUCUGCUGGUCACCCAUCGCUGCAGGGGAACACCGAUGGCUCUUAAAGUGAUGCCAAAAGCCUCCACCAAGCUCCAGGGAUUCUUACGGGAGUACUGCAUCUCCUUGCACCUAUCCUGCCACCCCUGCAUCGUAGGUCUCUUCGGAAUCGCCUUUCAAUCUAAUGAGCACUAUGGCUUUGCCCAGGAGCUUGUUAUUGGGAGGGACCUUUUUGCCGUCAUCCAACCAAAAGUGGGUAUCCCAGAGAGUGCAGUGAAGCGCUGCGUCCUGCAGAUUGCCAGUGCCCUGGAGUUCAUCCACGAGCACGGCCUGGUCCACCGCGACAUCAAACCUGAGAACAUCCUGCUGCUGGACAGCCACUGCUGCCGCGUAAAGCUGGCCGACUUCGGCCUGGCCCAGACGAGAGGCACUCUGAUUCGCUUCAUCUCCGGCACACUGCCCUACAUGGCCCCAGAGCUGUGUGCCGUUGCCCUGGAGGAGGGCCAGAAGGAGGUCAUGGCGCCCCCGCUCAGCGUGGAGCCCAGCCUGGACACCUGGGCCUUCGGAGUGGUCAUCUUUUGCAUCCUCACUGGCUACUUCCCCUGGGAGCGCUGCGUGACCUCAGAUGACUUCUACCAGGAGUUUGCUGAUUGGUGCCAGGCACCCACCGUGGAGGAAGUUCCACCCUUGUGGAAGAGAUUCACCCCGGCUGCCAUGGAAAUGUUCAGCAGGCUGUUGCAGCUCAAUGCUAACAACAGAUGCACAGUAGGGGAGGUCAGGUCCUAUGUGGAAAAGGACUGGUUGAUGCCGACACUAGUGGAUACAAACGGACUGCAAACGGAGAAUGGCAAGGCCAGUGCCACCUGCUCCACCCCUAGUGUGUGUAGGAGUAGUCCUGUCCACCAGGAGGUGGAGUAAAUGUCUUCAAUGGAACGGUGUCUGAGGUAUCUGUGUACACCUCCAGCUCAUGGUAUCAACUAUCCAAUUUACAGGGAGCUCAAGGUGUGCAUUCGACACCACUCUUACAAUGCACUGAUAAGUAGGGUAACUGAAUUAUAUACUCAACGUCAGUCCAGAGAGCCGCACAAGGGCUACAUCUGAAGCAAGGGGAAAAAGCUCUGAUAGGAUACGGUGUACUGUAAAAGCAGCACUAUUUGAGUGUGAUUGAGCUCGUACUAUUCUGUGUGUAUGUACACAAUAUUGGUAACCUGAUAAAUUUAGCAAUGUUACAAAAGAGUUUGUAUCUACUGUAGCAUAGGAGCAGUUUAUGCUAUAUUGUGUGUAACUACACAACGUUGGUAACCUGAGAAAUAUACUGUAACAUAGAACCUGUACCUAGCAUAAUUUUCAGAACCUAUUUUCAGAACAAUGCUUUAUAUUGUAUGUUUUAGAAUCUCUCACUGCACAGAAGACGAGCAUUAUAUUAAUUUCAUAGAGGGAGAGUGUGCACUGUGCGUUCAAGCUGGCUUAGUGGCAGUGUUCACUUUGGCAGUGCUCAAUGUUCUCUCAAAUGUUUUUGUAGUGUGUCACACUGUACAGGCUGUUCCAUGAAUGAGGCUACCUCAGUUUGUCUAUUUCUGUGCAUACUCUCAUUGUUCAUGAAAGAUCCAUAUUCAAAAAUAGAUAUAGUGAAUAUACAUUAACUGUAUAAUGAAUGUAAUGUAAUAGACUGAAUAUGAAACUAAUUAUGAACAUGGGUAAAUAUCAAGAGUGUAAUUUUUUUGAUAUUCCACAACCAGCCCCAGAAAAUGACUGUCACAGUGAAAGCUGUUUCAAGUUCACAUUGUUUCAAAUCAACUUAAUUUAAAGCAAAGCCAACAAAUUGGGAGCUGCUAUAUAACAAUUAACUCUGUCACACUAAAUAGAAAUGUACGUUCAAAUCAUCCUUUUUUGUGCACUGUAAAAAGAUUAUGUUGUUUUUACGAUAUCUUAUUGGAAAACAGGUACAGUAUGUUACCGUAAAUACAGCAAACUUUACAGUAGUGUACUGUUAAACCAAAGUUUCUUUGAAAUUUACGGUUACAUAUUGUAACUUUUUUUUAUUCGAAUCAAGUACAAAAUUAUUGUGUAUAGGUUGCACGUAAAGUUUUUGACACAGUGUUUGAGUAUGCCUUUGGUAUGAACAAAUAAACAUAAUCUAUCUCUUC